AUGGACGCAAGCACCGUCGCCGAGGCCCCCUCCUCUUCUCCCGAGUCCCCCCCCCCCCCCCUUCUAUUCGUAUCGUGGCGGGUUACCCCUCUCCACUCCCACUCACUCGUGACCUCCAGCUGGCCGCGGACGUGGACUCUGACGGCGCGGUGGUACCUUAACUACCAUAAGUAUGUACCUCGACUCAUCCACUCCCGCUUCAGGGCUCACCUUCCCCCCCUCUCCACUACAUCCUCGGCCAGCAGGCCCAAGGAUAAUGGCCCGCCGCCCAGCACCUCCAGUUCGGAUCCCAACUCACACAUCCCUCCCUUGCUCAUUCUGAUGGAGCCGGCCCAGCAGGCCCAGGUCGGAUCUAUUCUGCUGUUCUGGUGGCCCGGUGAACAAACACUGGAGCCCGUUCCAGUUUCCUAA